AUGUACAGUGUGAUUGUGGAAGCUUUGAAGAUGGAUAGUUUACAAAGACUGUACUCGUCUGUGGAAACUCUACUCAAAAAAAUUGUCAGUGAGGAGGUGGAGCGUGCUUUGGCGAAAUUGGACCACGAUAAACUGGAUGAUAGUCUUCACCGUCGGGGAAAAAGAAUCUGCAACUUCAUUUCAGAACAAGAAUGUCACCAUAUUUGUUCAUGGGAGGGAAGGUUGAGGGAGAGCAAGGAACGGUCAUCUAUGUUGUCUUUUGGCAACACUAUCAUUUCAAGCAUCAGGACAAUUCAUGGAAUGGUGCAUGGCUGA